AUGUCAAACUCACCACCCCCAACCUCCUCAAGCUCGCGACCGCUUUCUUCCUCUCGGUCACUUCACGGCUCGCAGUCUAUAUUUCCUGGGGGGAGCAGCUCGCGACCGUUUCUUCAUAUGCUAAACCCUAUGGGACGGACGUAUCAGGGAUACGUCCAAGCCAGCCAGUCUGUCCUGGAGGAAGAGGAAGAGGAGGUAGACGAGAACCAACGCGUAGACGACGAUGUCGAGGCAGGCCAUGCGAGCCGGAGUUCAAUGUUCCACAAUCCUGUGAAGUCAAAGUCGCAUGGAAAGCGGCGAGUUUCGUGGGGUGGCGAUGCUUCCGAGAUGAACGUACUAAGACCGAACAUCCGGCAGGCUGACCCGAAACACGAAGAGUCGUCUGACGACGAAGUCCCAGAGAAUUUGAUGAUUGAGGCCGUGUCUCCCAACAAACGCUUGCCUACGUCCCCUACUGUGAUCCCAAAGAGCAAGGAGAGAAGCAGUAGAAGACAGCCACUAUAUUCUGCAUCAGGCUCUCGGAAGCAUGCACGGCCCAUACUACCCAUAAACUCGAAGGGGACUCCCGUGUCGAUACCUCCAAGACCAUCGGAACUGGACAUCGAGGAGCCACAGAGUACUCAGCCUUUGUAUGAAUAUCAAUCGAAGCAGAUGCGCGGUCUUGAUGCCCACGAGCGUGCCCUGUGGAAUUGGGUCAAUGUCUACAAUCUUGACGCGUUUCUUCAGGAGGUUUAUUAUUACUAUGAAGGGAAAGGCAUCUAUAGCAUUGCCUUAUCUCGCGGACUGAAUCUUCUCACAGUGGGGUUCGUCAUUAGCUUCUCUACUUUCUUGUUGGGAUGCGUAGAUUAUUCCCGUAUUGGACAUGGUAAAAGCACUCGGUUAGGUGAGGCUAUUGUCGACCGCUGUGUCUCGAGAUUUUCGGGAUUUACCUUCCUGUUCUUCAUACUGUUCUCUGCCUUCUUCAUAUGGCAGAUUGUCACGUAUGUUCUGGGUAUCCUGCGAUUGGUAGACAUGUAUCGCUUUUAUACCCACCUCCUCCAUAUUCCGGAUGCGGACAUACAAACGAUUUCCUGGCCGGAAGUAGUGCGCCGCAUCGGCGCUAUUCGGGAGGAUAAUCCGCUCACCGCGCUUUCGUCGACAGGAGCUGGCCAAUCUGUAACUGCCAAGUUAGAUGCUCAUGAUAUCGCCAAUCGUAUCAUGCGACAAGAGAAUUACCUCAUCGCUCUCUUCAACAAGGAACUUUUGGAUCUACGAGUGCCUCUCCCGCCGGUUGUCAAGCGCUUCGUCGGUACGAAGGAGGACGGGAAAGGCCGAGUGCUCACAAGGGCACUGGAGUGGAAUUUGAGGUUUUGUUUGAUGGAGUAUCUGUUUGACUCUAGCGGCCGAGUGAGAAAGGUGUUCUUGAAAUCCAAGAAUCGGGCCGUACUCAUUGAAGGGCUGCGCCGUCGCCUCAUAUUCAUGGGUAUCUUGAAUGCAAUUUUCGUCCCGUUCAUUGUGCUGUACUUAGUCAUGUACUCAUUCUUCCGAUAUUUUGAGGAGUACCACAAGAAUCCAUCAAAUAUUGGCGGACGACGGUAUACACCUUUCGCUCAGUGGAAGUUUCGCGAGUUCAACGAGCUGCCUCAUCUUUUCAAACGGCGUCUUAGUGAAUCUUACGUGACAGCGAGCAUGUACAUUGGGCAAUUCCCGAACGAGAAGUUGACACUCAUCAAUCGAUUCGUUUCGUUCAUUGCGGGCUCAUUCGCCGCCGUGCUGUUGCUUGCGACUGUGGUCGAUCCAGAUCAAUUCCUUUAUUUCGAGAUUACCCCUCACCGCACAGUCUUAUUCUAUAUUACAGUAUUUGGUUCAAUUUUGGCUGUCGCACGGGGUAUGAUCCCUGAGGAGCACCGAGUUUUUGAUCCUGAACUACUCAUGAUGGAGGUCGUCCAAUAUACGCACUACUUACCGGAUGAGUGGAAGGACCAGUUGCACUCUAAGAAGGUGCACGCAGAGUUUGGGGAGCUAUUCAAUAUGAAGGUCAUGAUCUUCGCACAAGAACUACUUUCCGUGAUUUUGACACCAUUCGUGUUAUGGUACUCGCUCCCGACUUGUGCACCUGCACUGAUCGAUUUCUUCCGGGAAUUUACGGUUCAUGUGGACGGCUUGGGUUAUGUUUGUAGCUUUGCGGUUUUCGACUUCCAACGGCACGGCAACGUCAAGUUUGGCGCGCCUACCAACGUACAGGACGAGAGGUUUGUGUCAAAAGAGGGGAAGAUGGAGAAGAGCUUCCUAAACUUCAAGGCCGCCAAUCCGGAAUGGAUGCCUACUGACCCGGGUGGCUCUCUCUACCUAAGCCGUAUCGCCGACUUCAGCGCGGCGCAUCCCAUCGGUCUCGGCCGGCGGCGUCUACUGCGACAGCCCUCUGACUCCGGGUCACGGCCAGCAUUCGGGCAGGAGAGCAAUCUGGACGCCACCGUCCAUCUCGACCCGGCGGACAGAGCGCGCGAGUACGACCGCGCGCUCCGGCAGAGCCAGAGCGCCAGCCAGAGCGUGCGCAGACGGGGGAGUACCCUCAUGCAGAGCACGCGUGGACUGACGGGCGCAUCGACGAUCUUCCAGUCUGCAGUGGGCCCAGAGAUGGCGCAGACGGCAGUGCUAGGGGACUCACAGGGCAGCAUGAUGCCCGCUGCGCCGAAACAGCCGUCGACGGAUGUGAUCCCGGAGGAAGAGCUGGCGCUGGACGGCGGUGUGGGCAGCAUGCUUGGCGAGUCGUAUGUAGACGGACGCCGGCCCAACCCACCGGUGACACAGAGCCAAACACAGGCAGAAGAGGAUGACGAUCUAGAGGAUGGCGGAGUGCUCGGCUUGUUGGCACAGAUCUAUGACACGGGCGCGAACGUGAAAGGGCGGGGAAGGGGUCCGCCAAGGGCGAUCUGA